AUGUCAUUCAGGGUCGGCUACGUGCCAGAACACUUUUCCACGCCCAUCCAGUUCGCUCAGACGCACCAGUAUUUUGCCCAGCAAGGCCUCACCGUGGAAUUGGUGCCAUUUCCGUCCGGCUCCGGGCACUUGAUCCAGUGCUUGGGCGAAAAGACCAUUGAUAUUGCCAUCGGCUUGACCGAGGCCUUUAUUGCGGGUACUGCCAAGGGUAAUGACACCUACAAAACCGUCGGGACGUACGUGUCUUCCCCGCUUUGUUGGGCAAUCAGCACUGGCGCCGCGCGCGCGGAGUUGACGCGUGCCUUGCAGUUGCAGGGCAAGAAGAUUGGUGUUUCGCGUAUCGGUUCCGGCUCCUACGUGAUGUCUUUUGUGCUUGCGUUGCAAUCCCAGUUUUCUACCCCGUACUACGCGGGUUUCCCGAUCUGCCACACCUUUAAGCACUUGAGAGACUCGGUCAACUUGGUCUCCACUGAGGUCGAGCACAGUGACGCAUUUAUGUGGGAGUACUUCACCUCAAAGAAGUAUUACGACUCUGGUGAAAUCAAGCAGAUCGGUGUGAUCUACACCCCGUGGCCAAGCUGGGUCAUCACCGCCCGAAGCGAUGUAGUGGACACUCAGAAAGAGGCCUUGCGGGGCUUCUUGAAAGCGCUCCAACAGGGGGUAACUCACUUCCAGGAGCACCAAGAGGAGGCGAUUGAGUACAUCCACCAGAAUUUGGACUAUUCUGAAAAGGACGCCAGAGCCUGGAUCAAGACGGUCAGGUUUAGUGAGAAUGUGGGUGCGGUUGACUGGGAGGCCGUGGUGACCAAGACUGCACAAGUGUUGACCACUGCCGGGGUAUUGACCGAUUCGAAAGAGGUAACUCAGGAGAGAUUGGAGGCGGGGGUGCUCAGGGCAGGGGUGUAG